GUUCGCGCGCCAGCGGUGCCCCGGCGUGGGCUCCCCGCCACUUCCUCCCUGUCCCUUGGGGCGUUCUUCUCCUGAGACUCUUUUUUACUUGAGAAAGCGUUUUCUCUCCCAAGACCCUUUGAAUCCCCCUUCGCGCUCACAAAUUAAGCCUUUUAUAGUGGCGAUUUGGAGCUUACGAGAAAAUGCUCCUGAAGCGCAGCAGGCCCAAAAUUCGACUCUGGGCUCGUUUUUCCGUGGUUUGGCUUGGAUAUUGGAGGAACCCUGGUCAAGCUGGUUUAUUUUGAGCCUAAAGACAUCACUGCUGAAGAAGAAAAGGAGGAAGUGGAGAGUCUGAAAAGCAUUCGGAAGUACCUGACCUCCAAUGUGGCUUAUGGAUCCACAGGGAUUCGGGACGUGCACCUUGAGCUGAAGGACCUGACUCUGUGUGGACGCAAAGGCAAUCUGCACUUUAUACGCUUUCCCACUCAUGACAUGCCUGCUUUUAUUCAAAUGGGCAGAGAUAAAAACUUCUCAAGUCUCCACACUGUCUUUUGUGCCACUGGAGGUGGAUCAUACAAAUUUGAGCAGGAUUUUCUCACAAUAGGUGACCUUCAGCUUCGAAAACUGGAUGAACUAGAUUGCUUAAUAAAAGGAAUUUUAUACAUUGACUCAGUUGGAUUCAAUGGACGGUCACAGUGCUAUUAUUUUGAAAACCCUGCUGAUUCUGAAAAAUGUCAGAAGUUACCAUUUGAUUUGAAAAAUCCAUACCCUCUGCUUCUGGUCAACAUCGGCUCAGGGGUUAGCAUCUUAGCAGUGUAUUCCAAAGAUAAUUAUAAGAGGGUCACAGGCACCAGUCUUGGAGGAGGAACUUUCUUUGGUCUCUGCUGUCUUCUUACUGGCUGUAGUACUUUUGAAGAAGCUCUUGAGAUGGCGUCUCGUGGAGAUAGCACCAAAGUGGACAAAUUAGUUCGAGACAUCUAUGGAGGCGACUAUGAGAGGUUUGGCUUGCCAGGCUGGGCUGUGGCUUCAAGUUUUGGAAACAUGAUGAGCAAGGAGAAGAGAGAGGCUGCCAGUAAGGAGGACCUUGCCAGAGCAACUUUGAUCACCAUCACCAACAACAUUGGCUCCAUAGCAAGAAUGUGUGCUCUUAAUGAAAACAUUAACCAGGUCGUAUUUGUCGGCAAUUUCCUGAGAGUCAACACGAUCGCCAUGCGGCUUCUGGCAUAUGCUCUGGAUUACUGGUCCAAGGGGCAGCUGAAAGCACUGUUUUCAGAGCACGAGGGUUAUUUUGGAGCUGUUGGCGCACUCCUUGAGCUGUUGAAGAUACCCUGACUUACCUAGAGGACUUCCUGAAACCUGCCACAGGGACAUCUGUGCAUUUUUUUUUUAAGAGACUCAAGUUUUAUGAUCGUGUACUACUCAAAUCAGAGCAAGAAACAAAUGUAUUUUUCUAAGACAUCAAGAUAAAUUCUUUUGUCUAACUUAGCAUUCAGUAAGGAUCCACCUAAGCCCCCAAUCUAGGCAGUGUGAAGAUUUUGUUUAUACAGUGUUCUUUGGGCAUCAUUAUUAACCCCUGAGGUGCUUUGGAAUCCCAGCAUCACCCACUGGGUAUGCAUGGAGCUUUCUGGACUCCUGACAGCAACUGACUGCUUGUCCUGUUGAAAUAUAUGUGAGAGUCUAACCAGUUUCAUCAGUAUCCCUUGGAGGUCAUCUUCCUUUGUGCACUGGGUCAUGUUUAGCCUAUGAUAACAUACUGAAAGUAGGUUAUUUCAAGCUUCUGAAAACUUGGCAGGUUUGUUCUGCACCUGAUGAAGAGAUGGCCUGCAUUGUAGCUGAAGGCAAGGGUGGGCCUCUCCACAGUAGCCUUGGAGCUUGAAUGGAAACCUCAAGCUCUGUUUGAGGAUGUUUCUGCUAUUCAGCUGUGGGUUCUGGUGCCGGCUCUGGGGCAACAGAAGGCGCUUGUUGGUUUGGACCAUAAGAACUCAGGGUUGGAUUUGGCUGGCUAGCCUGCUUGAUGGUUCCCAAUUCCCACAGGGAUAUAGCUGCCUUUUAUUAUAUACUUUGGCCCAUUAGGACUCAGGGUUCCAUUGUGCUUGGGUCUCACACAGCACAGUACACAGGAUGUUGAAGGGAUGCUAGUCCUUCCCUCCUACCCUGCUUUGCCUCCUGAGAGAGAUCCUCAAAACUGUCUCUCCAACUACCAUUUGUACCAGAAAGUUUCUCCAUCUGUGGAAGAGCUGUGUCCUCCCUCCCAUCCCUCAGGUGACUCCUAUGAACUGGUCUGGGGAAUGGCUUGCUAAGCAACUGAGCUGUGUUGUGUACACUUGGGCUAUUUAACAGUUGUGACCAGUGCUUUGUGUUUGUGGUUCUGUCUACAUUGAAGCUCCCACAGUGUUAGAAGAGCAAGCCUCAUAACGGGAUCACAACAGGAUGCAUGGUACUGUUCUGCACCCACCCAUCAUUGUCUAUUUCUUCUUUCCUCAGUGUGUGCUCAGCCCAGUGUCAUUCCAGGAAUGGGUUCUAUUUCUUUUAAAUAGUUGUGAAGGCUAACCUCAAACUCAACUAUAAUACUGUAUAGCUGAGGCUGGCCUUUGAACUGCUGAUCCAGUUGCCUUCACCUCUAAAGUGCUGGGAUUAUAGGCGUGUGCCACUAGUAAACUCUGUAAAUACAAAGGGUUGUUUCAGAGCCUCAUCUUAGCCAGUUCUCACCUGCUUCUCCUGCUUCCCUGGCUGCUGUCUCACUCUGGCAGUUACACUCUAAAGCUCAACCGUGAGUCUCUCCUAGCUGUCUUCCUGUUGGUUCCAGCACUAUUUGCAGAAAUAUAUACAUUGCACCUCACAGCCACUUCUGAACCAGGAGUUACUUCUAGUGUCUGUUGCAACCAUCUUGUCUUUUCUCAGCUGUCCAAUCCAGGUCUUGUUUGAUAGCCUAAAGCUUCACUUCACUCCUCCCAUGCAGAAAGGAAGGUUUGUGGCCCUGGAGCACAAAGUAACUUGCACUUAGAUGGGGGAAGGAUAGCCAGUGUAAAGAAGAAAUACUUUGUGGGCCUCAGUGGCUGGGUGUAGUUUGGUUUUAGAAUGCCUGGUUUUGAGAACUCCCAAAGCACGGGGUCAUUUGGGAUCAGAGACAAAGGGUGUAGUUAUUUGUGGGAGGAUUUAGUAAACCCCAGAGCAUAAGAAAACAAGACAGAUGGGCAGUGAAGGAACUGUUACAGGGAAAGCCAUGGGGGGGGGGAGGGGGGUUAUAGCAAUCUGGGAGUCCAAGAGCAAACUGUUACAAAGAGUACUAGACAGAUGGGUUACAAGGUUGCUCAGAGGUUAUGUGUGCUUUGGUGAAGCCAUAGGCUGAAGCAGUUCAGAGCUGCUCACCACCUGAGGUUAGGGUUAGGGCAUGUUCUGGGAGUGUUGCAGACUGUCAAAAGACAAAAACUAUAUACAUCAAGCCACUACAAAUGCUGGUGGUCACAAAUGGUGGUCUGCAGCUUGUUGUCUCAGAGGCCUGACUCCUUCUCCCCCAUCAGCAUGGCACACCAUACCCAUCAGGCCCACUAGUGCAAAAGUUGACAGGUACAUAAUACAAAGUAUUUCAAAAUCUGCUCUUUAUUUACACGUGUUUGGGUCCAUUACAUGCAUGUGUUUUAUUUUUAAACAAGUGAUUAGCAAAAAAUGCAUUAAACUUUUAAAAUAGCAAUUAAAUAUACAAAAAUAUAGCUUACAAAAACCAAUAUUUAAAAAUAUUCUGCUGCAGAAUUCUUAGUGUACAAACACGUCUAUGAAACCUGAGGCUCAGCAUUUCAUAAACCUUUUUUGAGGGAGUUCUAUCUAGUAAAUAAGCCCCAUAGGGCUAAACUGCAAGACAAAGGGCCACUCCUCCACAUUCCUAGACGCAACUUGUCAGCAGACCUAGAGGCAAUGGCUCCAAGCUGUCACAGGAAGAUGGCCUGCUUCACCACAGUCUGGAAGGAGAGGCAUGGAUGGCGCUGAGGUUUCAGCCACACAAGUCCCUUAACACUAGUGAGGUCAUGAUCUGAGCUACAGGGUGUCUUUGAAACAGCAGGGGUAGCUUUCCCUGAUCCUGUGAACAAAGGAACUAAGAAUUUAGAUACAUGCUGAUCUAACUGGAAUAAAAGCAUCUUGAAAUAAUUUGGGUUCUAAAGCUGAAUCUGAAAACAGUGACAGGUAAUUCAUUCAACUCACUUAGUGAACUCAGUCCUGUUAAUCUUAUUUUUAAAACCUUUACCUGGCAUUUUAGGUCCCUACCUCUAACAUUAAGUUAAAUACUUUGAUGGUCCCAUUUUAAGCAAUUUUUAAAAAAAUAAAAAUAUAUUUUUAUGUGUA